AGAUCAGCAAAACUUAAACGGUCGCAGCCAGUACAGUCGAGAGCAUUUCUGGCGUUUACCGGCACUCUGGGUGGAGAGGACAUUUGUUUCGGUUCACAACAAAUAUAUGCUGCGUUAAUAACUCAAUUCUCUCAGAAUGACGAGUAAAACGAAGGAAAUUUCGGGCUUUUGAUAACGAGAUAGUUUCGCUAACUUAAAUUAGCUACAAACAACUAGAUAGUAAUUGUUUGUUGGGGUUCCUUUUUUCGUUAUUCGUUGGUGACACAGCACCCGCUAACUGCCCCGACGCGUACUUAUCACCAGGAUAGCGUUAACACCAUCAAAAGGUAAAAAAAGGUCGCAAUUAAAGUCGAUGUCCGAGGCUUGUUAGUGAACGUGGCUCACGACUCGACAUUCGCUGAUUUGACCUCGUUUUAACCAAAAGGAUUUAUCUUUUGAACGGGAAAUAAAACACCGGGCAUUAACUUAGCGUCACCUCUACCAAGGACUUGAAUGGCCUCCAUUGUUGCAGUGAAAACUGAGAAGCGACCUGCAGCUGAUUCUCAGGAUGUGGAUGCGGACACAAAUGCAAAAAAGCCCAGGAAACUGCUACCCAGCCUGAAGACCAAGCGAGCCCCUGAGCUCGUCCUGGUGAUUGGCACGGGGGUGAGCUCUGCAGUGGCCCCCGAAGUCCCUGCACUCCGCUCCUGGAAAGACCUCAUCCAGGCCCUGCUUGAUGCAGCCAAUGACUUUGACCUACUAGAGGAGGAGGAGAGUCAGCGGUUCCAGAAGCACAUGCAGGAAGAUAAGAAUUUGGUCCACGUGGCCCAUGACCUCAUUCAGAAACUUUCCCCGAGGACCGGCAACGUGCGCUCCACGUUCUUCAAGGACUGCCUGUACGAGGUGUUUGACGAUCUGGAGUGCAAGAUGGAGCACACCGGGAAGCACCUCCUCCGCUCGGUGCUGCACCUGAUGGAGAGCGGCGCCCUGGUUCUCACGACCAACUUUGACAACCUGCUGGAGCUCUUCGCCGCCCACCAGGGCACCAAGCUGGAGUCUCUGGACCUGACGGACGAGAAGAAGGUGUUGGAGUGGGCUCAGGAGAAACGGAGGUUAAGUGUGCUGCAUAUCCAUGGUGUUUACACCAACCCGAGUGGCAUCGUGCUGCACCCCGCAGGCUACCAGAAUGUACUGCGCAACACGGAAGUGAUGCGCGAGAUCCAGAAGCUGUACGAGACCAAAUCGUUUGUGUUCCUCGGCUGCGGGCGCACGGUCGACGACACCACCUUCCAGGCGCUGUUCUUGGAGGCGGUCAAGCACAAGUCUGACCUGGAGCACUUCAUGCUGGUGCGGCGGGAGGACGUGGGCGAGUUCAAGAAGCUGCGCGACAACAUGCUGGACAAGGGCAUCAAGGUCGUCUCCUACGGAGAAGAGUACGCCGACCUGCCCGAGUACUUCGAGAGGCUGGCCAACGAGAUCUGCCAGCGCGACGCGUCCGCCAACGGCUGGGCUGAGGGCUCUCCGUCACAAACCGAGGAAGAAGAGCAAAAUGGCUUGAACGCACAGACAAGCCUCCUUCAAGACCAUCGUUGACGGGCACGUCAGUCGUUUUCCUUCACAGCCGUGAGAUCGGUCUACUCUCUUGAGUAGUGCUCCAGUCUGAGUUCAAUCGAUGGAUUUUAGGUAUCUAGGAAAACUACGGACCACGGGGAGACCGAAAAGCCGUUUCAGUGUUCUGCAGAUGUCAGAUUUUUUUUUUCUGGUGUAAAAGGGAAAAACUAAGUUUGACGUAAACCGGCGAGGCCACACAAAAAAAGCAACGUCUAGUCCACUGGACUGUAUUUAAGUUUCCUCGACAUUUGGGAAGCGGCAGUGAAAGUUGUGAAUGUGCCGCUUGAUGGAUUACUUCUCACUUCAGCUUCACACAUUAUAGAUCAGAGUCCACCGACCGAACCAACUGUUACAUUGAUUUAGAUUCCAGUAACACAAUCAGAGGAACGGCAUCACCGUGACCUACCGCCUUGUGACUAACACGCAUCACGUGAUUUAUAGAUUUGUAUUUUUGAAACUGAAUUCAAUCCUGUGGUCGGCCCUGAAACCAGUAAAACUUGAUUUGCACACUACUGGGCAGGGAAGUGGGAUGAGUGGUUACUUGGUUUGCAAACAUUAUGAAUCUGUCCUCAGAAGAUUAUGUUUUCACAGCAGACGUCUCCCAGCCAGUAGCAAUCACUUUGUCACUCCUUUGCUGAAAAUGUUCUUUGUAAGACUUUUUGUAUUUGUAAUACUUGCCUGUUUUCCGACAGUAUUUAUAAGUACAAUUUUCAAAAUAAAGAUUUUGGUAUCCCAUU